CAUAGAUUAGAUAGCCCAUUGCAUAAAUUCGCUUGCUUGUUUGUCUUCAUAUAUUCACUCUACUCUCAGUGAAUUUCUUUUUAUUUAUAGUCGAAUUAGUACAAUGGAUUCAGCUUUACGUGAACAAGUUAUGAUAAAUCAAUUCGUAUUAGCGGCAGGUUGUGCCCAGGAACAAGCAAGACAGUUAUUACAAGCUGCUCAUUGGCAAUUUGAGACUGCUCUCUCAAUAUUUUUUCAAGAAGUCGCCAUACCUGCUGGAGCUAAUGGAAUUGCUGCACCACAUUAUCGUCAGCAAUUGAUGACACCCUGCAACACUCCGGCUACGCCACCGAAUUUUCCUGAUGCUCUGGCCGCGUUCUCACGGCUCUCAACGACGGGUAGCCCGAGCAACACCGCUGGUGGUGGCGUCGGGGCGAGUGCCCCGCCCGUGUCGCCACUUGCUACUCAUCCGCCCCCACCACCACCACCUCAUAUGCAAAUGAACAAUUUUCCUGGCUCUCCGAACUCACAAACAAAUUAUACACCGCUGUCCUGCUCAACUGCGAUCUGCAGUGAACACAUGCCAAGAUAAAUGGAAAAUAUUAGUUUAGGAGCAUCUAUAAUUUAUUUUUAUAAUGGUGCGCAAAGUGAGCUGUGGAAUUGUGUAUGAAAAUGUAUAAAUAUUUCACGAAACACCCCAACUCGAAGGCGAAUUGCUGGACAAUAUUUGGGGUGCUGUAGUCAAUCAUGUUAAAUAUAUUAUAGAUUAUUAUAUCUAUUUCUAUGUAUACAGCAGUUUCAAAACAAAAUGCACAAUAUACUAAGUACAUAAGUUUUUUGUUGUCAAAAUUUAAUUCUAAAAUUUUGAUAUCAUGAAAGCAAAAGCGCCUGUAUACAAAAAUAAUCAAAGGGAAUACUGAAACCUAUUUUUUUUUUAUUGUUGUCAUAUUUUUAUGACUGAAUUGAAAUCAACCUACUGUAUAAAAACAGGUUUGUCAUAUUCAAUGUAUAUUAUAAUUAAUAUUUCUUAAAAGACAAUACAUAGUAUUGAUGCAAUAA